AUGAAGACACUUGUGCUCGUCCUUUUCGUCGCAGUUUUAUCGGUGGUGUUCGCCGCCGACAAAUACACCACGAAAUACGACAACAUUGACUUAAACCAAAUUUUGAAAAGUGACAGAUUAUUGAAGAACUAUGUGAACUGUCUUCUCGACCGGGGCAAGUGUAGUCCGGACGGACAAGAAUUAAAAAAUAAUCUCGCCGAUGCUUUGCAAACUUCUUGCAGCAAAUGCAGUCAAAGACAGAAGGACGGCAGCAGGACCAUCAUCCGGUACCUAAUCAAGAACAAGCGUGAUUGGUGGAACGAGUUGGAAGCCAAAUACGACCCCACAGGAAUUUAUAAAAAUAAAUACGCCGACGAGCUCAAAGCCGAAGGAAUAGUUUUGUAA